GAUCCUGCUGACGUGUAUCGCUUGUCUGUCCUCUUAUUCCGUCCAUCUGCUGCUGCGCAGUGCUGGAGUUGUGGGUAUUCGUGCCUACGAGCAGCUUGGCCUCAGAGCUUUUGGUCAUACAGGGAAGAUUCUAGCAGCUGUCAUCAUAACGCUGCAUAACAUUGGAGCCAUGUCCAGCUACCUGUUCAUAGUCAAAUCUGAGUUACCGCUCGUCAUCCAAGCCUUCCUCGGCCAGACAUACGGCUCUGACGACUGGUUCAUGAAUGGAAACUACCUCAUCAUCAUCGUCACUGUCUGCACCAUCCUCCCACUGACCCUGAUGAAACACCUGGGGUAUCUUGGUUACACCAGCGGCUUCUCUCUCUCCUGCAUGGUCUUUUUUCUGUCUGCGGUCAUCUACAAGAAAUUCAACAUUGCCUGUCCUCUGGAAGUGUUUGGCAACUUCUCUGUGAGCGCAGACAUCCCAGAGGACACAUGCAGCGCCAAAUUCUUCACCGUCAACCAAGAGACUGCGUAUACCAUCCCCAUCCUGGCAUUUGCGUUUGUAUGUCACCCUGAAGUACUCCCCAUCUACACUGAACUGAGCAAUCCGACCAAGAGAAGAAUGCAGAACAUUGGCAACGUUUCCAUCCUGGGCAUGUUCAUCAUGUACUUCUUCACCGCCAUAUUUGGCUACCUGACGUUCUACGGGAACACAGAAGCCGAGCUCCUGCACACCUACAGUAAGGUGGACCCUCUGGACACGCUGAUCCUGUGUGUCCGGCUGGCCGUCCUGGUGGCCGUCACUCUGACUGUACCUGUGGUCCUGUUUCCUGUAAGAACAUACCUUCACACACACACACCUGACACUCACCUACCCCAUCUGUGUGUUUCUGUACCGAAUCAAACCCAGAGGGAAACUGGGGUUCUGUAGAUUCUCAAAUAAAAGCACAAACAUGUAACGGCCAGUCAGGAGGAGGUGGAAGUACCUUUCCUACAGUACUUCGCGUGGUAAUUUCAGGUACAUUUCCACAGUACUAUUGCUGCGUUCCAGGCAACUCGGAGCUGGGAAAUUUAUCCCGGAAUGCCACGUGAAGUCGGAUUUCCUACUUGUGAACUCGGAGAAAAAAUCUGUACCCCGACUUCACGAGUAGCAGCGGAAUUACGUCACAAAACAAUGUCGGCG